AGAAUUUUAGAAAACCUCUUUAUAUUAAUGCAAAACCUCACCUCUUGUCUCUCUGUCUCUGAAACAGUCAACCUCAUAUUCAUUCCUCUCUCUCUUGCUUCCAUGGACGAAACCAAUGGAAAAAGAGAAACUCACGAUUUCAUGAAUGUUAACGUCGAAUCCUUCUCUCAGCUUCCUUUUAUCAGCCGUACUCCUCCCAAAGAAAAAAGCUCCAUCGUUCGUCUCUUCGGCCAAGAGCUCGUCAGAGACAAGUCUUCCGGUGCUCAACAAGAAGACUUCUGUGAGACCACAACGAUCAAGAUCAACGAAGAGAACUCUGAGAAUGUCAAGGAGAAGGACAAAGACAAGGAGAAAGACAACAGCAACAACAACAGGAGAUUCGAGUGUCACUACUGUUUCAGAAACUUCCCUACUUCUCAAGCCCUAGGUGGACACCAAAACGCUCACAAACGCGAACGCCAACACGCCAAACGCGGUUCUAUGCCAUCAUACCUUCAUCAGUCUGACUCUCACCACGUCUACGGCUUCCUAAACAACCACCACCACCACCGUCACUAUCCCACGUGGACGACGGAAGCUAGAUUCUACGGUGGUGGAGUAGGAGGACAACAAACGCCGUCGUAUUACUCACGCACUCUUCUUCCCCCUCCUUCUUCUAACCCACCGACGAUCAACGGAAGUCCUUUGGGUGUGUGGCGUGUACCACCGCCUUCCACGUCAGCAAACGCUAUUCAUGGCGUUUACUCAGCUUCACCAGCUUCAGCGUUUAGAACGCACGAGCAGGAGCGUAAAGAGCCGAACUGGCCGUACAGAUUGAUGAAACCUAAUGUGAAAGAUCAUGUGAGUCUCGAUCUUCAUCUUUGACACUUUGUUUUGGUAUGCAUCAUUUUAAUUUAGCCGUGAUGAGACUUGUUCGGACGGUAAAGCCUAUUCUUCUGAGGGUCUUGGAGAAAAAAGAAAAAGAAAACAAAACCAAGGAGAACCAGCAUAAUGUGUAGAUCUUGAAACUUUGAGGGUUUUUUUCAGGUUUGAGUUUAUAUUGUUAUAGAAUUAUUAAGGGAAUAAUAUUUGAUUUAACAGUAAAA